GUCACCUGGGACUGGGAGGGCAGGGGAGCACCGCCACCAUGGCUGUGCCCUGGCCCUGACCCUGACGCGUCCCGGACUCCGCCGUCGCAGACCACCCGGCCUUCCCUGGCCACCGCCACUUCUCCCUUUGCCAGAUUCAAUUUUGUGGAGCAAGGUAGGUUUCCUAGUCCGGAUGCUCGCGGCUGCAGGAACAUCAGGCCGUGUCGAGCAUAUGGAUAUGCAGCAGCAACCUUUCCCCCUCACGAAAUGGUGGGUGCGUGGACAUGAUACCACGACUCUCCUCUGCGUUCUCGAAAAGAAAAAAAAGGUUAUUGCUAAAAUCACCUGGAUAUGUGAAAAUUUGGGUGCCCAUUCUUGGGAUGGGAGCUCAAUCUCCUUGCGAGAGAACUGAAGUUGGGAACUGAGGUUUGUCUCCCUCAUCUCUCAGUUAGCCAGUUUACAGUUAGAAGGUCGUUUCAGUUGAAAUAUAGGCGUUAACAUGUUCCAUUUUGUGCUUCCAUAUGUUUAAACUUGGCUUAUUUUUGCUAUUUUUUGUAUGUUUCAAACUGGAUGAUGAAAGUUACUGUCGGACCAUUCACUUUGGAUUUCUGCAAACCCUGAUGUUUGUGGUUUGGAGUUUAACUGCCUGCCCUCUGAUCUUAGACCACCUGUACUCUAGUCAUCAUUUUGCAAAGCAUGUCCUACUUUUGUCAUGUGAUCGAAUCAAAGUAUGCUAGCUGUAAUUUUUACAAUAUCUGGACUUUAAAUUAUGCAAACAACCUCCGACUGCAAAUUUGUAACGGUACUCACAUUGAAACAAGAGACAGCAUAGGUCAACCUGAUGGUAUAUUGUCAUCAAUUGAAAACUCAAAGGGGCAAUGAUUCGGAUAGUACGUUGACUUUAUCAUCUGGGGGUCUCUGGUCCAACUGGGCAUGGAUCAGCAAGCUCUGCAUCCUACAUGAAAAUCCUUUUAUAGAAGGCCUGAAUGAGUUUAUGAAUAUGGGUGCUAUGCAGCUGUGGUUGCCAACUUUCAUUGCAGGUUGCAGCAUCAAUAGUUUGGUUCUCCUUCAUGAAGUUCAUUCAAUGUCCUUCGAAUCUUUGAAAAAUGAUCUAGUAAUUUAUGUUUUCCAUAUUACUUUUUUUAGCUGUAGUAUCAUACAUUCAUGCUUAGGUACUGCCAUACAUCCAUUUCCCUUUCACUCUUUAUGAUGCAAAUGAUAGUAGAUCUGGAAGCCUGAGUCUUACAAAUCAGGAGGAUUUAUUAUUUCUAAAAGGAGGGGGCCACUCCGAAGUUCAGUAAAGGAAUAUUGGUUCCUAGAUUUUACUUCCAGGAAGAAAGUUUAGAGACAUGGAAGGCUUUCCCAUUCACAAAUUUUACAGCAUAAAUUUCAAGUGAUCUCUAUGAGGAGUGGCUUGUUAUAUGUUAUCUAGUGCGGAACUUGCGAUCCAAUCAUUCUUUGUUUGGUUAAUCAAUAGCUUAAAAUAAAGGGGAAGGAUAAAUAAAUAAAUAAAUAAAUAAAAAUAAUUCAGCAUGGUUAGAAGCGUUUUCAACAAAAACACUGAUGUUUGGUUUCACUGCUAAUUUUGGAAGAACUCAACCACCCUUUUGCUCCUUAGAGUCCAAUCAUACAGGCAACAUUACCCUCUCAUUGCUUUUAUAUACUCACCUUCAUGAUCCCCUAAUCAUUUUUCAUGACAAGUACAAGCUCGAGGGUGCCAAUGCAUUCCACUCCCAUCUAUGCUAUCCUUUUGUUUCUUUCUUGUUCAUUCAGCUCAAUACUUCUGUGUGCAUCCAGCGACCACCUUGUCCCUGGCAAGCCGCUCACACCAGGCAACACUCUUGUGUCUGACGAUGGCACCUUCAUCCUGGGCUUCUUCUCUCUGUCCAAUCCCACGGAAAAACAUUAUUAUGUUGGCAUAUGGUACAACAACAUCUCGCAGCGCACUGUUGUGUGGAUCGCCAACCGUGAUGUGCCUAUUACCAAUAUUUCCUCAGCAAUGCUCGCCUUGACCAGUAGCUCACACAUUGUCCUGUCUGAUGGCAAUGGCCGCAUCCUUUGGAGGUCAAACAGCAGCAGCAUCAGAUCUUCGCCUGCCACAACCAUUUCUGCGGAAGCCGCACUAGAAAACACUGGAAACUUCAUCCUCCGGCCUCUGGGCCACAGUACCAUCCUAUGGCAGAGCUUCGACCACCCGGCUGAUACUCUCCUUCCUGGUAUGAACCUUAGGAUCAGCCACAAGAUGCAUCCUCUGCAACACCUCAUUUCCUGGAAAGGCCCACAGGAUCCAUCCCCGGGAGCGUUCUCCUAUGGGGCAGAUCCUGAUUGCUUCCUGCAGCGCUUCAUCUGGAACGGCACAAGGCCGCACCGUCGAAGCCCAGUUUGGAGUAGCUACUUCCUUCUUGGGAGCUACACGGACAACUUCCAUCAUACCAUUUACAUGGCGGUACAUCGCGGAGAUGAUGACGAGGUGUACAUGUCCUUUGGUAUCCCAAUUGAAUCCUUGUCUUUGUUGAUCAGGAUGGAGAUAAGCUACUCAGGCAAGGUUAAUAUACUAAGAUGGAACAGCAACAUGUCAGCAUGGACAGCCCUGUACACUCAGCCUGCACAUGAGUGCAAUGUGUAUGCCUACUGUGGUCCAUACGGCUACUGUGACAACAGUGAAACUACCCCGACAUGCAAGUGCCCCGAUGGUUUUGAGCCAAAGGAUGAUGAAGACUGGAACAAGGGCAGGUUUUUGGAGGGAUGUCGCCGGAAGAAGGCGCUAAGAUGUAGCACCGGAGACGGUUUCUUGACCUUGCCAGGCAUGAAGGUCCCUGACCAUUUCCUCCUUAUCAGAAACAAAAGUUUUGAUGAGUGCACGGUGGAAUGCCGUAGCAACUGCUCCUGCAUGGCAUAUGCUUAUGCCAACAUGAGCACCAGGGCUAUUGAUGGGGAUGACACGAGGUGCCUGAUAUGGACUGGGAUGUUGAUUGAUACGGAGAAGUGCAGCGAAGGAGGGGAAAACCUAUAUAUCCGGACCAACAAAUUAAGCGGUAGCAAGCUAACAACCAACAUCCUAGAAAUUGUGCUGCCAGUUCUGGCAUCUUUGCUAGCAUUCAUAUGCAUAGUGUUCAUUUGGAUCUUCUGGUUUAGAGGAAAACAAGGCAGCAAGGAAAUCUGGACGAGGCUGAUGCUAGGAGACAUGAGCGGUACUCAUGAACUUGCUGAUAGGAAAUUAGACUUGCCAUUGAUCAGCUUCAGAGAAAUUGCCGUUGCAACACAGAAUUUUUCUGAUUCAGCUAUACUUGGACGAGGAGGAUUUGGCACUGUUUACAAGGGAACAUUCGAAGAUAAGGAAAUUGCAGUGAAAAGGCUCUGUAAAGGUUCUGGUCAAGGUGUAGUGGAAUUCAAAAAUGAAGCAGUUCUGAUUGCCAAGUUGCAACACAGAAACUUGGUUAAACUUCUAGGCUGCUGCAUCGAUGGCGAUGAGAGAUUAUUGAUUUAUGAAUACCUUCCUAACAAAAGUUUGGAUGCCUUCCUUUUCAAUGCUGCAAGAAAAUCAUUGCUUGAUUGGCCCACAAGAUUCCAGAUAAUCAAAGGCAUAGCUAGAGGCCUUCUAUAUCUUCAUCAAGAUUCAAGGCUGACAAUAAUUCAUAGAGAUCUGAAGGCAGGCAAUGUAUUGUUGGAUGCUGAAAUGAGACCCAAGAUCUCUGAUUUUGGUACAGCUAGGAUCUUUGGUAUCGACGAGCAACAAUCAAAUACCAAUAGAGUCGUGGGAACUUAUGGGUACAUGUCGCCAGAAUAUGCACUAGAAGGCAUCAUUUCUCUCAAAUCCGAUGUCUACAGCUUCGGUGUGUUGCUACUGGAGGUUGUGAGUGGCUUGAAGAUCAGUGCGACCGGCCCAGUUACAGGUUCACUCAACCUUAUAGCUCAUGCAUGGAGCUUAUGGAAGGACGGAAACCUGCGUGAUUUGGUGGACUCAUCGAUUGUUGAGAGCUGUUCACCAGACGAAAUUCUACGAUGUAUCCACAUCGGUCUCUUGUUAGUGCAAGACAACCCAAACGCUCGUCCGCUUAUGCCAUGGGUGGUGUCAAGCUUGGAAAACAGUGACAUAGAGCUCCCACAGCCUAGUGAGCCUAUGUACUUUUCAAGGAGUAACUACAGAAUUGUUGAAGCAGGAGAAAGCUCUGUAAGUAACAUGAGCCUCGGAACGCUGGAAGGGCGCUAAAGCCUCCUCGCUUAUUUCGUCCACAAACUUCAAGGACCCCCAUAUAGAACAGAAAUCGAUAUCUUUUUCGAACGAAGGUAAUUCAUGGCUGCAUUGACAUCACUCACUUAUUAGCUGCAAUUGAGCAACUUGUCCAGGGAUUGAGCAGCUCAGCAGUGGUGACAUAGAAGCAGGGGUGAACAGAGGAAAUCUGCAUAUCUUGAAUUCUUGAUGCCAUAUAUGUUUAUAGUUUCUUUAUGUACUUUUCCUGUUUGUUCUGAUCUCUUCCAUCCAAUAUAUUGUCAUUUCUGUUCUCUGCACCGAGUUACUGUCCGGUCCAUCUCGCCAUCGGAUUGUAGCAUGGAGUUGUUGAUUAUUCUGGUAAGGAAACAGAAUUGCGUCAUGGAAUUGAAAGAAUGUUGCUGGUGCUAA